AUGCCAGGCCUGCUUAGUCUCCCAACAUUCUGCCACUUCCUUCUCCCCUGGGCCCUCGCCAUCUUCCACAAAGCGCUGGGGGACCUAGCACCCCACCCCGGCCCCCACUACCUCCUGCCCCCCAUCCACGAGGUCAUUCACUCUCGUCGUGGGGCCACGGCCACGCUGCCUUGCGUCCUGGGCGCCCCGCCUCCCAGCUACAAGGUCCGCUGGAGCAAAGUGGAACCGGGGGAGCUCCGGGAAACGCUGAUCCUCAUCACCAACGGCCUGCACGCCCGGGGCUACGGGCCCCUGGGGGGGCGCGCCAGGAUGCGGAGGGGGCAUCGGCUGGACGCCUCCCUGGUCAUCGCGGACGUGCGUCUGGAGGACGAGGGCAGGUACCGCUGUGAACUCAUCAACGGCAUCGAGGACGAGAGCGUGGCGCUGACCCUGCGCCUGGAGGGUGUGGUGUUCCCGUACCAGCCCAGCCGGGGCCGGUACCAGUUCAAUUACUACGAGGCGAAACAGGCGUGCGAGGAGCAGGACGGGCGUCUGGCCACCUACGCCCAGCUGUACCAGGCGUGGACCGAGGGCCUGGACUGGUGCAACGCGGGCUGGCUGCUCGAGGGCUCCGUGCGCUACCCCGUGCUCACCGCUCGCGCCCCGUGCGGUGGCCCGGGGCGGCCCGGGAUCCGCAGCUACGGGCCCCGCGACCGGAAGCGCGACCGCUACGACGCCUUCUGCUUCACUUCGGUGACUGCAGGCCACGUGUUCUUCGUGCCCGGGCGGCUGACGCUGUCUGAAGCGCACGCGGCGUGCCGGCGGCGCGGGGCCACGGUGGCCAAGGUCGGGCACCUCUAUGCCGCCUGGAAGUUCGCGGGGCUGGACCAGUGCGACGGCGGCUGGCUGGCGGACGGCAGCGUGCGCUUCCCCAUCACUUCGCCGCGGCCGCGCUGCGGGGGCCUCCCCGACCCCGGCGUGCGCAGCUUCGGCUUCCCGCGGGCGCAGCAGGCGGCCUUCGGGACGUACUGCUACUCGGAGUAGGGCCGCCGCGGCCCCCGUCCCGCAGCCUGCCACUGUCGGGGUCCCGGGGUCCCAGGGUCCCGGCCGGGCGGGGAGGGGAGGUGGCGGCG